UUUGGCCUACGUCUCAGGAAGUGAAUUCAGAGAUUCUGCAAGGGGAGAGAGCUGUCAACUGCUACAUUUGACUCUCUGUUUUGUUGUUUAAGUAAAGAAAAUCCCUUUUGUUAUUGUCCAAAGUGGUCAUCAAAGUUAUAGGAUGAUGUUUUCUCCGCGGGUCCUGAAAUCUGCAUCGUCCUUGAUGUGCAGGGGUUUUUCAGUGGGUCAGAUGUCCAGACAAGGGAAGGCUCCUGACAUGUCUGAAGGAAAUGCACAUUUGCUUGUGAGCAAUGUUCGCAACAGGCUGAGGGAGAUUGUUGGAGCAUCUACCAAUUGGAAAGAUCAUCAGCAAGCUUUGGCUGAGCGUGCAUCACUAAGUCAGUAUCUUGCUCAGAGUCAGGAGGAGCUUCCCGCAAAGACAAUGAAGGACAGUGAAAUUGAGGCUCACCUACCUCUAGGUACCCGGCCUGAAUUAAGAGAGAAGUACCUCAACUUUCACAACAGUGUCAGGUUUGGCCGGAUUUUGGAAGACCUGGACAGUUUAGCAGUGCUAAUUUGUUACUCACACACAUGGGAUAAAGAGCUGAAGAAGUCUCCACUGUCUAUUGUCACCGCCCUAGUGGACAAGAUUGAUAUGAGAAAACACAUAAUCUACCCAGACUGUGACAUCAAGUUCAAAGGUCACGUGACAUGGGUUGGCAAAACCUCAAUAGAAGCUAAAAUGCGCAUGUCUCAGUACCACGAUGGCGCAUACAGCGAUGUAUUAGAUGCCACGUUUGUAAUGGUUGCCAGAGAUCCAGAAAACAAAAGGGCAGCUUUCAUCAACCCUCUUAAACCAGAGGGGCCAGAGGAAGAGGCCAUUUUUCAACAGGGGGAGAUUAACAAGGCGAGGCGGGUGGAGCUGAGCACAGCCUCGCUUCUUAAAGUGGCUCCCACAGCUGAGGAGCGAACCCUCGUUCACAACCUCUUCCUUAACACUUUGGACACCAGAACUGUGAGUUUUCGGAGUCGGAUUUUACCGCCCAAUUCAGUAUGGAUGGAAGAUGCCAAAAUGAAAGGAUUGGAGAUUUGCCAUCCACAGGAAAGAAACAUUUUUAAUCGGAUAUUUGGUGGUUUUCUGAUGAGAAAAGCUUAUGAACUGGGUUGGGCCAAUGCCUGUGCAUUUGCUGGCUGCAGACCAUCCCUGGUUGCUGUAGAUGACAUUGUUUUUCGGAAACCAGUGGAAAUAGGUUCCUUGCUAUUGCUUUCCUCUCAGGUUUGUUACACAGAAGGGACGCACAUUCAAGUCAGGGUUCACACAGAGGUACUCGACCCUUUGACCCGGCAACAUAGCACCACCAACGUGUUUCACUUCACUUUACGUGUUGAGAAGGACGUCCCAGCUGUUGUACCACAGAGCUAUGGAGAAUCUAUGCUUUACCUGGAUGGAAAGAGGCAUUUUGAUGAGACCGUAAAGAACCAAAGCUGAGCAUUCUGGGAUGUAUGUUCCUGCCAAAGCCCCAGCAACGGCUAUCACUAAAGUUAUAUGAGUGUGUGUAUCAUAUAUGAGGAUACUGUUUUAUUUGAACAGUUUGUUCGUUUUAUUUUCAUAUAGUGGUUUACCAAUGUUUUUUUUUUUAUGGCCGAUGGCGAUACCGAUUUUGAGAAAGCAGUGUUGCUAUUAGGCGAUAUGAGGCUUUAUAUAACGCACAUGUAAUUGCAGUAAAUGAGGGACAAAUAGAAAAUUGGUGAAAUGGCUAUUGCAUUUUUUUUAAAGAAUAAGCCCUUUUUAAGUACUGGUAUUUAAAAAAAAUAAUAUUUACAAGACAUAUGUAAUGUUUGAACAAACAUCUGGUAUAAAUAUGAAUAAUGAUUUGUCAUUUUACUGUCUGUCAGACUUUGGUUUUACAUCUUUUCACAAUUUUAAGGAACAAAAAGAUGUAUUGGGCGAUUGAAAUGAUUAAUCAGCUAAUGCCAAUAAUUACAAAAAUAAUCCAAAAUAUCAACCUAUAUAUCUGCCACUGCAAUAUAUCUCUCUAUCACUAUUUUCAUAACAUGUUACAUUGCCUUCUGCAGUUAUCUAUUCUAUGCACUUAUAUAGCGGUUUUAUUGCAAUUUUACAGUUUACAGUGGGAGAGACACUUUAGGAGAAGAAUGUUGUUUUUGGGUUUGUUAAAAGGUUAAGGUUAAUGUAUAGGAUAGGGUAAAUUUUUCCCACCUGUUGUGGGUAGUGAUACUACAAAUUAAUAAAAAUAUUAUAAGUAGUCAACUUGGGGUUUAACACCAGGCUUUAUGCAGACACUGUGCAGUCUUCAACGGGCAACAAAAAAUCUGAUUUUGUGCUUUAUUGAUUUGGGACUUUAUGGAUAACCUUAACUUACCUUAAAAUGAACUGUAUGAGGUUAACAUUUUGAAUGUACAGAUUGACAUGAUCUGUGUCUGUUUCCAUUUUUUCACUACCUGUGCCAGAAUAACAAAAACCUGACCAAUGAAUUUAUGUCUUUUAAAUGUUUUUGUGCACAAAAUGUAUUUAUCAGCAUAAAUAAAUGUUUUUUUUUUAUA